AUGGCGGCUAGGGACCGCUUCGGUGCCUAUGCUGAGCCGGGACUAUCACCUCUGCAGCGCGCCAUCCGAAAUGCAUGCGAUCCUCAGAAUUACGAGCCGAACCUAGCCCUGAAUCUCGAAGUCGCGGACCUGAUCAACUCGAAGAAAGGCAAUGCGCCUCGAGAAGCGGCCGUCGAGAUCGUCCAUCUGAUCAAUUCACGUAACCAGAAUGUCGCGUUGUUGGCGUUGGCGCUUCAAAUCAGCACCAAGGAGUUUUUAAAUGAAUUGGUCCGUCGGUUCCCCGAGCGGCCGCCCAUGCGAGCUUCGCGGGUCCAGCACCGCAUUCUGGAAUCGAUCGAAGAGUGGCGGCAGACCAUUUGCCAAACAUCGCGCUAUAAGGAGGAUCUGGGAUUCAUUCGUGAUAUGCACCGGUUGCUACUCUACAAGGGUUAUGCUUUCCCAGAGGUCCGCCGUGAGGAUGCGGCUGUUCUCAACCCCAGUGACGUAGAACCUGCGCUCAGCGGAAGAAAUGGAGGAGGAAGAAAGGAAGCGCAGUCUGCGAAGCUGCAGGAGUUGAUUCGGAGAGGUACUCCCGCUGAUCUGCAAGAAGCCAACCGGCUCAUGAAGGUCAUGGCGGGCUUCGACAACCGACACAAGACCGACUACCGGGCGAAAGCAGCGGAAGAGGUGUCCAAGGUCCAACAGAAAGCCAAGAUUUUGGAAGAAAUGUUGCAGAGUCAGCAGCCUGGCGCAGGCAUACCUGAAGGCGAUGUCUUUGAGGAGCUCGCUGCCGCCCUUCAAAGCGCUCAUCCGAAGAUCCAGAAAAUGUGCGAGGAAGAGUCGGAUGACCCUGAGGCUGUUCACAAGCUACUCGAGAUCAAUGACAGCAUACACCGGACCAUUGAGCGGUACAAGCUUGUUAAGAAGGGCGACCUGGAUGCGGCGUCCAGAAUCCCCAAGGGUACGUUGGGUACGACGACCGGAGUUUCCACAAAUGCCAACAAUGAGCUUUCUUUGAUCGACUUCGACCCCGAGGAGCCCAGCUCCAACGGUAAUGGUGAGACAUCGGCGCACGGUGGGAAUGCCUUGGAGGACGACUUACUCGGGCUCUCUCUUGGCAACCAGGAACCUGCUUCUGGUGGUGGGAUUUCGCUGGGCGGCUCUAGUAUGGGCUUUCCUCCGGUCUCUUCAGGACAAUCUCCUCCGGCGAUGUCUCCCCAGUCUGCCCAACCGGCAGCGGCGGGAUUCAAGCCCAAUUACGAUAUCCUUGCAUCCUUCAAUACAUCUCGUCCUGCUUCACAGUCUUCUACGCCUGUGCCGGGGGCAUCACCUCGGGCCCGCGCCACGGCCACCCCGCCGCAGCCGGCGGACCCAUUUGCCUCAUUGAUGUCUGCUAGUCCCCGACCUGGAGGUAGUCCCUUCCCGGCCCCGCCUCAAGCUCAAUCCGCGGCAACCUCAUCGUCCCUGUUGGACCUGAUGGGAGACACAGCCACUCCGCAGCAGGCUGCUGGAAAGGCAUUCGCCGCUCAGGAUGACGAUUGGAACUUUGCCUCAUCGCUCCCGCAAAGCAAUGCCCUGCCGAUGAUGAACAAAAUUCAGGUCUUGAACUCGCAGUUGCGCGUUGAUUUUGCUGCCCGUCGGGUACAGACUGCGCCCCGUCAAAUCUACAUUCAAGCUACCUUCUCCAACACGACCAGCCAGCCGAUCAGUGAUCUGCACUUCCAGGUUGCCGUGGAAAAGUCAUACACUCUGCAGCUCCGUCCGCAAUCAGGCCGAGAGAUUGCUCCGCAACAGCGAAACGGUGUACAGCAGGACAUGGCCUUGGACGGCAUUGACUCGGGCAAGGGCAACUCUGUGAAAAUCCGGUUCAAGGUGUCCUAUAAGCUUGGAGACGAGUCCCGCGAAGAACAGGGCAUGGUACCACCCCUGGGAAUCGCCUAA